AUGUCUCGUACCCUCUGUUUUGUCUGUUCCAGGUGUGAGCACCCAAUAUGCACACGUGAAGAUCUUAUUAUGACCACAGUUGCUUGUGGAACAACAGAGAAUGCGUUUGUAUACGAUCUAGAAGACAUGCUUAAUCUGGAUACUUCCGUACCUUGCUACAGUGGAACUGAGGUUGCUGAAGAGACUAUUGUGGUGUCGGAUAAAAUACUGGGAUUACCUAUGCCACCAGAAGCACGUAAAUUGGCAUUAGAGGCUGUUCUGGAUUCCCAUCGCUUUCAAGAACAAUUGGAUAGUGCAGAUACUCCUCAAGUGUCAGUGGAAGAACGACGAGGUGCUAAUGAUCCUUUAAAUACAUCCCUUCCUAGUAGUCCUUAUGGGACUUCUGAUACAACGGAAGAAGUAAAUGAGAGAUUGGAACCACCAACGGAACGAAUAGCUUCAAAUGAGGGUACAAAUGGACCUUCCACAACACAAUCAUCAUCUCUACGCUUUGGUAGAGUUCAAGAAAGUCGUGUAGAUUUAAUUUGUGUGAAGAAGGACGUUUUAAAUGGUGGACUUGUACACUGUACUAAAGACCGUGCUGGUAGUGGUGGUAGUGAAACCACUGCUAACGCUACUACAAGUGGUGAUUAUGGUACUGUUAAUAAUAAUAAUAAUAAUAAUAAUAAUAAUAAUAAUAAUAAUAGUGGUGGUGGUGAUCUUGACAGUAACAGCACAGCCACUACCACUACCACUACUACUGAUACGACUAGCAGUGGUGGAGGGGCUUCAUUACCGCAGAUGCCGUCUGCUAUUGUGGAUGCCUCCCGCCGCCCACCGCCUCCCACCCGUUGGUCUUCACAUCCCGGCAAUUUUGUGGUGGAAGAGGCGUUCAUUCAAGUUCGUCGUCGCACGAAAACAGCCCGUUGUCCGUGGUUUGAGGCGUAUGAGUGCCAUGGACGACUGGAGUGUCCGGAUUGUCAUUUCGGACUCGCGUAUCUCUUUGUACGGAAGUCCAACACACAUGAUAAUAUCAAUACCAAUAAAAAUUAUAACAGCAAUAACAACAGUACAGUUGUUGGGGAAGAAGGGUCGGAUGAGACGUUAUUGGAUGGGAAUUCUGGAGAAGAGGCACAGGAGCCUCAUCAGAAGAAGGAGAGGAAAGAAGAAGAGUCUCGCAGUGAUGAGAACAGUCAUCAACAACAACAAGGACAACAAACGGAGCCGGGUAAUAUGAUAGAGUUUCCUGAAAUUUUUGUGGGUCUGGAACUAAAACGGAUACGACAGUGUGAGUGGGAUUUACGUAAUUUCCAGAAACGAUAUCAACAGGCUAAAAAUCUUAAAACCUUUCGUGAAUUGUUUCCAGAAUCAGAAGAACUUGAAAGUCUUCAUAGUCGCCUUAGAGCGCUUCGAACACAGUCUGAACUUUAUAAUAAUCUUCUUUGUAAGCAUAAAGAACAAAUUGAUGUUCAAACUGCACUUUUGAAAAGUCAGAAAGAACGUAUAUUAACUUGUGAAGAAAAACUUCGAACUAUGCAACAAAUAAUUGAAGCUCAAAGAGUACAACUGGAAAUGCAAGAUAGACAAAUAAAACAUCAAGAAGAACUGGUGCGAAAUCAUAAAAGUCAAGUUGUUACACAGCAACAUCAAAUUCAAGUGGAGCAACUUUUAUUAAGUGAACAAAGUCGAACGAUUGAAUCUCAACGAGAACAAAUUGCACUUAUACAAGAUCAUCUACGGGCACGUUUGGUUAGGGAACAGUUGGAAGCUCGAUGCGGUCGACUCACUACCCUUUUACAUCAAGCAGAAGAACAAAGAUUGGCCCAAGCAGCUAACAACACGGCAUCACUUCAUCGUCCUUCAAGUGAAAAUGUUUCCUCAUCAGAAUCUUCUGGAACGGCUGUAUAUCAAGGUUCUCAAGAAGGAGAUGAGGAAAGAGAAGGUAUUCCAACUAGACGAACUUUUCAACAGAGAGAAGAAAAUCUUCGGCAAGAACGACAAUUUCGCAGUAUUGCCUUAUCAUCUGUUGCUUCAGGUAGUGAACGUAAAACUGAGAUGGAGGGUGGAGAACGUCCGUUACCAAACAAAUCGGUUUCUGCAUCUCCCACUGAAGGUGAAGUACGUACUCGAUCUCUCUUAAGCAGUAGUCCCAACAGUAAUGGUGUUAGUGGUAGUAAUAGUAAUAGUGGUGGUGGUAGUAAUAACAAUAGAAGUACUGCCGAGCACAGAACGCUGACAAUGCGAAUAACUGCAGAAGAAGAAUGCGCUCAGCGGCGAGUUGAUUUGCGAUCCACAGUGCAAAGCAGCAGUUCCACAAAGACUCUUCAAACAGAGAAUGAAUCCGAGAGUGUGGAUGGUACUCAGGCAUCGGUAUACAGAGGCACACACACAUCAUCUGCCCCUUCAGAGAGAGAGGAUUACAAAAACUCCCCCAAAUAA